CAGUGCGAUGCCGCCCGCCGCCGCUGCCGCCGCUUCCUGCGCCUCGGCGCUCGUGUUGCUCCUGCUGGCCGCCGUCCCAGCCGACUGCGGACGCACUGGUCUAUCUGCCCUGGUGAGCCUCGAGGUGUCAAGCGCAGUCGACGCCGCUGUCGAGGCCCUGCCAGAGGGAUCCUGCCGCUCGGACGCCACCAACCUUCUGGAUGCUCUGCGCAAUGGCUCGGAAGACGCUCUGCGCGUGCUGGACGCGACAGGAAAACCCGGUUCGUCCAUCCUGCGCGGCAACUUGCGGCUGUUGGGAGACUUCGACGAGUGUGUGGCGAUGCCCGCGUCGCGCUACUGCCUGGCGGACGUGCGCCUGCCCGCGCCCGCAGACAUCGACAACGCGACGGCCCGCCUCCUCAGCAUAGCCACAGCGGGGCGCUGGCUCUUUGAGGACAUCCCUCGCAGAUCUGGUCCAAUGGUCCUUCCAAUUUUCUCUUUGACUCAAUGGGGAAUAUGUGUUCCCAUAUCUUGUGAUCCUGAUGAAGUCUCGGCAUUUGUCACAAGUUUUUUAGAGAACCUGUGUGGCUUAAAGCUGACAAUAGAUGUUCCACAUGGAGCAUGCACUUCCAAAUUGCCAUCACUGAGCACAGCAGACAUUGUAAUUCUGUCAACUAUAUUGGUGGUGAUCAUUUUUAUAGUUUUGUGUACAUUCUGGGACCUUGUAGUGAGAUCCUGCCAAAAGCAUAAUGAAGAGGAAAAAGCAUCUAACUCACUAGCUAACUUAGCAAAAGGAAUGUCAUUGUGUAGCAGCUGGAAGAAUCUCUGGAACAAUCAUCGCACAAAUAGUUCCAUUGCAUGCAUUGAUGGUAUCCGUGCUUUCAGUGCUCUGUGGGUUAUUAUGACCCAUAAAAUUCUCCAGAUGUCACAGGAACCAUGGGUCAAUAAAGUUAUUCUCCUUGAGUCAACACGUGACAUACCAAAGAUGCCACUUCUGAACAGUAUGAUUAAUGUAGAUUCAUUCUUUCUGAUAAGUGGGAUGCUUCGUGCAAUGAAUUUCAUGAGAGAUGUGCAACAACGUGGUGGAUUUUGGAUUGCCACAGGAAUUCUGCAGAGGCUCCUCAGGUUAACACCAGCAUAUGCAGUGGUGCUUGCAGUAUAUGCAUGUCUGUUACCAUAUUUUGGUUCUGGGCCUGAGUGGAAUGCUCAAGUCGGUUACAACUCAAAAAUGUGUAAACAACACUGGAUGUUCAAUAUAAUGUAUGUUAAUAACUACAUAAACUAUGAAAAUAUGUGUAUGUUACAAUCAUGGUAUUUGUCUGCUGACAUGCAACUAUUUGUUUGUGCACUCAUUAUACUGAUACCACUGUACUACUGGCACAAAAUUGGUGAACUGCUGCUGGGACUGGUUAUUUUUGUGUCAGUAGCACUGCCAUUCGCUACUGUUCUCAUCCGACGGCUUCCUGGUCUCUACCAGCCCACCCAGCCGGAUGAUCAGCUUUAUGAAUAUAUGCGUGAUGUUUAUAUGGCAACACACAACAGGAUGACACCAUAUCUUGUCGGACUGGCUCUAGGCUACUUGCUCCAUAGGAUUAAGGGCCAGCCUGUUACUAAAAGUAAGGUACUCAUUGGUGUUGGCUGGACAGUGAGCCUGUUAGUACUGGGUGCAGUAGUGUGGGGGCCAUACCACCUGCUCCAGGAAUGCGCUAGCCUUACAACAACUACACUGGAGUCUGCUGCCUAUGCUGCUCUACAUCGAUUCACUUGGGCACUUGCCCUUGGAUGGAUUAUCAUUGCAUGUUACCAUAAUCUCCGAUUUGGAGUUAUAGGUGAUGCUGUCAAGGGCAUUCUGGAGAGCAGUACAUGGCAACCACUGAGUCGACUUUCAUAUUGCAUCUUUCUGACACAUAUUGCUGUCUUACUCAUCAAUAGUGGAAGAAUACGAACACCAAUCUUCAUGGAUGAGUUUCUUCUGAUGCACAGUUAUGCUGGAGAUCUGGCCAUUGUAUUGUUAAUAUCAAUGGCUCUCCACCUAUUUGUUGAAGCUCCUUCACUUUUUCUGGCUCGAACCAUUUUCAGCCGUCAAGGAAACCAACAGCAGUCUUCAAAAAUAGCGAAAAAUCAAACACCACAUCAAAAAAAUACAGUAGACCAGAAGAAAAAACAACAGAGGUGGCAGCAUGUGUCCCCUACAGACAUUCCAACAUCAAGAGAAUGCCCUGUUGGUCAGCCAUAGUACUUUACUCAAGAUCUUGGCAAAGUAUCUCUGCACUGUAGAAACAUUAUCUCCAUCUACUAUUUACCUGCCUAGUGAUGAAGGGUAAACUUGUGCUAGAAUGUAUUUUGACAUAACUGUCCAUUGUGACAACUCUGCAGUGUUGUUCAUAUAAACAAAAAGAAUCUACUAGAAACCCAAGAACAUUUUAUCUAGUAUGAUAACACUCUGUAAAUAGAACUGUUGAAAUUUCUAGUCUCAUUUAUUCACUGUAAUGUCAAUAGUUUUCAUUUGAUCACAUGCUAUGUAUUACUGACUAUGAAAAUUUAUAACUGAGUUGAGUGGUAUUGGAACACUUCAAAUGAAAACAAUCUCUUCAUAUCAUAGACACAUUAUUACUAGCAACAUUGCGUGGAAAGCAAAUGAAUUACUGUGCACUUGCAUAAAUUAAUAUUGUUAUUGUAGGGAAUUAAUGUCUGCUUAUUUUAAUUACAACUAAAAAUAUAAUAUUUAUAAAUUGUGGGCCUCAUAACCAACUUUCUGCAAUAUGUAAAUUUAAGUUGUUUUCUGCUGAAAAUUUUUUAAUCUUUUCUAACCUGCAAGACAUCAAUAUCUUGCCAGUUGUCUUACAAGUUAACUGCACUUGUUGUUGUUGGCAGUAAGCCAAAAUCAUUUUGUGUUAUAUUAUUAUGACUGAUGUUUAAAUCCUAUGUGAGCUGCAAAAUACAAGGGAAAUGACAGAAAAUGUUAAAUGAUACAAAUUGCAGCAGGACAAAAUCCCAAGACAUGCUUAAUGGUAAAUAUUUCUUACUACAGUAUGCAUGUAGGCUGUAUGUCAAACUUUUACUGCUUAUGUUUACAAAAGCAAACUUUUAUUUUGGAUUAAUAUUUAACUAUCAUAGUUUUAAUACCUGCAGAUAAAGAUACUUAUAAAAUUGGCUAACCUCCAUUCUGUGAAGACUGAUAAAAUAGAGCUGUAAAUAAUAUUGUAUGACUCUGUAAUCUAAUAGUAAGUGUUGUAGUGUUUCUUAACAUUGUAUGAUAAAGCACUAUAUUGAAACUGAAAUCACAUAUACAGACAGACAAUUCUGGUUUUGAAAGAAGUAACAGAUUUGGUGGAGCAGGCAAGCUUCUUCAGCACAAGAUUUCUUUUGAUGAGAGUGAGAUAGCCAGACAAGAGAAGAACAAAGGUCAGAGACAAGAGGAUAUUAGUGGAAAGACAGAUAAUAUGUACUACAUAUAAACAAAAGCACAUCAGACACAAAGAGGAUCUUUGUGUUGGACUACACCUUUUUCCUCUUUUUGACAUUGUAUCAACAGCACACAAUACCUUGGACAUUGUAAACUUGUGCCAUGUAGCUCUGCACACAAGAGACAGAGGCAUUAUGAUAUGAAUACAGUCAGCUUCCCAACAUUGUGAGAACUAUCUCAUUUUUUGGUAUACAUGCAUCAUAAUUCCUCUUUGAUUCAGUUUUAGAAAAUGUUUAUGAAUGUGCUCUGAUUAUACUCUGUUGCUUGUUACAGACAAAAAAUGUUAUUGUUGUAUGAAUUGAUAGACAGCUCAGGGUAUUUGUCUGCACAUGGUGAAGAAAUAAGAUUGCGGUGUGUGAAUAUUGAUAAUUUUUCUUACAUGUUGCAUUAAAUGUUUCAUAUUACAAUUAUCUUUUGUGUUUUUAUAAUUUUGUCCUUUUUAUCAAGAUAUUAUACUUAGUCUUUUAACUAUACGGUGUUUUGUGAAAUGCUCAUAGCUUAUGCUUUUUUGCAGACAGGUAUGGAACACAAUAGGAGAAAGUGAUAUAACUUAGAAGGAAAAGUAAUCAAGUCACAAUAUACCUUUAUUUUGGUAGCAGAGAAUUAUUAUUUAUCAUUGUUGUUAUCUGGUCUUCAGACUAAAGGCUGGUUUGAUGCAGUGUCUGCCAUACCCUCCCAUCUAAGCUAAAUAUACAACUGGGACAGUGAUAUUACUUUAAAAAAUUAACACAUCAGGUUACGGCUGUAAGAAAAUACAUAAUUUAUUGAAUAAUUAGCUGUUAAAGUUUAUUGUCAUGGGUUGAUGAGAGCUUUGGAUUUUAAUAAAAACUGAGAAGUGGAACACCAGUUUCCAAAAAACUUUAUAGGCAACUGCUUUCAAAAUUUCCAUAAAAAUUGAUUAAACUGGUACACAUUUGUGUCACAACUGUCUUAUAACUGCUACACAACAAAUUCACAACUUGGCAUUGCACUGGCUCUUAUAUAUAUAAAGAACAACAGAAUACUUUACAUUAAUUAUUGCUAUUCAUACAUUAACCCAUUUACAAUGAGUAAUUAAAUAGUCACAACUUUAAAGUAUAUCACCAAGCUCUGUAUAAACAACAUUAAUUUUGGUGUAUAAAAAAAUUUAACUUUAUGUUUUAACAAUUGCCUUUGAAGUAGUAGUAGUAGUUUCCAUCAUCUGUAGAUCAAUUUUCAAGGAUAUUUGCCUUGUCAUGGUAUUAUAGUUUAAGAACAAUAAAAGUAACAUAGUUCGUAUAUGCAGGCUGAAACCACUUCCAUCACAAUUAACCAUUACCUUGUGCAACUGUGAAGCAUAAAUUUACAAAUUAAUGUACUAUGGGAUUUAAAUAUUAAAUAGAAUGUUGCCAGAUUGUGUAUUUUAUGCUUGUGGCAUAGGUAAGUGCUCCAAACUUAAUUUUAAAGAAAUUGAAUACUCAUCUUUCACUAAUGCCCUCUGUAGGAAAUGUUCUCAUUGUCUGGAGACAGCAAGGUUUGUGAUUUAUGAGAACGUAGACAAUGUAUUGAUCUGUACUUUAGAUUUAUUGAUCUUCAUUCCUUGUUGACUUUUAGUGCAUAUUUUCCCAAAGUAACACUCAUCUGAAACGAUGUCACAAUUUUAACAAAACGGAAGAUGACAUUGUGAAAAUUUUCACAAUCAAUCACCGAACGUUACUGCAAAUCACUGCAUGUUACAAUCUGAAGAAAACUAAAUUGAUGAGACAAAGAAUUGUGCUCCAGCAUGCAUUUCAGAAACAAAAAAUAUUGAUGUAGUGUGUCUGCUAUCUAUGAACUGUUUACAAAGAAACAGAAAAUUAGACAGUCUGAUCUGGUAUGUAUUUAGUAGUACUUAUAACCUAUGUAUGCCUGCCAGAAUGUUGUGGAUACUUCCACUGUCACAUUAAUUAUUUUACUGACUUUUCUAUUAAUCUAAAUUUAAACAAAAUUGUAUGUUCUCAUGUGUGGAAAAAAUCAAAGACCAAAAAUAGUCAAAAUAGAUACGUUAAACACUUACGUUUUGAAUAGUGAAGUUUGUGAAAUGGCAUGCCUAUAAAAAAGUUGUUUAUAUUUUGCAAGUAAGUGAUUUUAGAUUAAUUAAAAUUGUUUUUCAUGAAGCUAACUACUGUUUCAUAAACAAAAAAUAAUCAAUUGAAUAAUGAAUAUGAACUUGUAGUCUGUGAAGUGGCCUGGGGUGAAGAGC